AUGGACAACGUAGUUUUAGCGUGCAACAAGCUGUCAGUCAGCACACUGCCAAGUGUCUUCAAGGAAAUAGAGAAAUUAUACGAGAAAAACAGCAAGACAACAGCAUCUGCAAUAAUUAGAAUCUUGUCGCAGACAGAAAUAGAAAGUAAUUUACUUGCAAUUUCAUCACUUCUGAAGCUAAUAUACUCUGCCUUGGACAAGUCAAUUGUUGAAGAAAUAAUAGCAAAGGUAGAUGACCUAAGCUUAUACUGCUACAUAUUCAACUACGGCAUGGUGGAUGAUGCAUUCAUAAACACGAAAGUGCAGGGCCUUUUAAAGCGCAACGACAUGCUCUCUGUUCUGCGAAUAUUGCAGAUGUGUAGUAGUGGGUUGGAUGCAUCCACUCUCUCUUUGAUUGAUGCUGGCACUGCCUCUGUGAUAUCUAAGCUAGAGAAGGAAGAAGAAUCUGAGCCUAGUGUUCUUUUGAGAUUUAUUAAAGAGUCUGUUAAGAUGAUUAAAAAUGGUCGUAACCCAUAUAGAAACUAUCUCCAGGAAGAAAUGAACAGUGUAAAAUCGACCAUAGCAGGGAUUCUCUCUAGGUACACGCACACAAACACAGAUGUCAUUAGCACAGCCACAGACGCAGAUGAAGUGGUUGCUGUAAAGUACGGCAUGAAUACAUCACUAAAGAAAAAGAUAUUUAGCAUAAUCACCACAAGCACAGACUACUACGAGGCACAAAGAGCACUCUACAAGCAAAUAAUAAGAAAAGUAUGGCACAUUGAAGAAAUCUUCAAAGUGGCAAUUCGCCUGUGCAUUGCAGAGAACACAUUUAAUGUCUACUACCCUACAUUAGUACAGUCUAUCUAUAACAGCUGCACAGGAAGCCACAAAGGAGCUGCAAUGGACUAUUUAUACCACGCAAUUGAAGAACACGUGAACACACUUUCCAAAAAAACCAUCAAAGAAAUAUACAAUCUGGGCAUGGCAAUAGGAUACUUCUAUGGGCAUGAAAUGAAUGUGGUAAAACCAUUGGUUAUCCUUACUGUUAUAGGGAAGAAAGAGAGUGUCUUAAUUAAGGUCACUAUGAAAAAUAUUUUGGGACUGUACAGGCAGAAAAAGAUCAAAAAGGCAAGAAGAUUGAAAGAGACAGAGACUUUUAGAACAUUCUUCAUGAAAAGCCUGAUAGACGGGUCCUUUCUGAAGGAAUCAGAUCAGCAGGACUUGGAGUUGCUGUAUGGCCUUAUGUUUAUAUAA